CCCCCCAAGGGCAUCACAAUUGGCACUUCACCGCCGCUAUUUCUUUGCAUAACAACGAGCGAAAAUUUUGCAUUUUUUGAACAGGGAGGGAUUGCUCAGCUUUGCUACGACUUACUCAACUCACUGCGCCUCCCUGCGACAUGCUAGGAGCUGCAUUUUUUCUUUUCCUCGCAAGUACGUGAUGGAAGGAAGGACGUGUCAGGCCGGCCAGCCGCUAAGCAUGUGCGCGUGUUCUCUCCACGGUGCGCACAUGGCAGUAACGCCCUUUUAAACGACUCAACACAAGCGUUUCCCCCCAAAGGGUUGCACGCCUUUUCUCGCGUCGAAGGGGGGAGGGGGCUCUUCUCUGCACACCGCGCCAUGUGCAUGCACAGAGAAGGGUGGCUUUUCGUGUAAAUUGGCCUGAGGGCUGGAUAGUUGAAGACCACAGGGGAGAGAGUCACGAUGGAGCUGUCGAUAGACGCACUGAAGGAGAAGUUCCUCAACAUGAACAGCGACAUCGAGCUGAUCGAGCGAAAGCUGAAGGACGAAAUGUGCAAAAUGUACGAAGAUGACAUCAACCCAUUCCUAAUUCUUAACGACUUUGAAAAUAUAAAAAACGAGCUACACAAAAUUAACAAAGAAUUAAACGUCCUGUAUGAAAGGAAAAAAAUGAGCAUACAGUACAUGCACAGGCAAAUGCAAAAUUACAACUUUCUACUCAACUUGGAAAAUAAUUUAAACAUCACUUCCAAGGAGUUUAUAAAUUACCACAACUCGGAAAUUAUUUUGAACAAUUUUUUUUACGAAAAUAUAAAAAAGUUUUUGCUCAACAUCAAUUACGAUGAAAUUAACGAGUUGCUACAGCUGGACCAUCUCCAAAAAUGUGUGGACAGCAAAGGGGAACAAACAAGUGGAAACAACGUAAGCGAUUUAGGGAAGGAAGUACCCAAGGGGAAACCAGCCCUGUGCGACUCGGCCAGUUAUAAAAACCACGUGAGUAGUAGCGAUUUGAAGGACAACGAAAAGAGGGGGGCCCUAAAUAACGGGAACGCCGCGGAGGACAGCAGAAAUGAACAGGUGAACAGGGGAAAUGUCACCGAUAAGGAGAGCCUGUUUUGCCCCAUCGACGACGCUACCUUCCAGUCCGUCCCCGCGCUGAUUCGGCGGCGGGCCAAGUUGGACGACAUUAACCUGAUAUACAAGUCGCUGUACGACAUGGCGGUAAAGAAGGGCAGCUGCCUCCCCGUGGAAAAGUCCGAGCUCACUCAGAUGAAUCUGCAGGUCUUUGGACAGACAGGAGAAGCCAAAAUAGCUACCUUGCGAUACCUGAAAAUUAUAGAAGUUAUUAACAAGUAA